UUCAACUAGUGAGCUCACCUGCAUCCUUUAUUUCCUUAAACAUGAGCCACUGUAUUAAGUCAACUGCUGGAUCUCUCAAGGGAAGCGGCCAUGCUAGCCAUUCUUCCAAGAUCUCAAGUCAUGUGUCUUCAGUCCGUCAUGGAGGAUCUCACAAGCUCAGUCAUGGGGGUUCCCAUAAAGUCCACGGUGGAGGAUCCCACCUUUCUCUUCUUGGGGCAUUCCACUUAGAACACCAUGGAAGCGCUCACAUUUCUCACCAUGGAGGUCACUUCAGAGCCCCAAGUGUUCAUGGUGGAUCAGGUGGAAAAGGCAUCUCUGUCUCUAAACACUCUACUCUUAGUCAUGGAUGUAGCUCUGGAAGCAUGCACAAUGGUCAUGGAAGCCACCUUGGCAGUGUUGUGAGCCACGGGGGUUGGAAGAAAGAUGGUAUGUUCAGUGUCAAUGAGAAGGAAACCAUGCAGCAUUUGAAUAAUCGUCUGGCUUCCUACCUGGAGAAGGUCCACUCCCUAGAGCAAGAAAAUAACCAGCUGGAGAGGAAUAUCCGGGAGUGGUAUGAAAACCAUCAACCCAGUACUUUUCCUGACUUCAGCCAUUUCUUCAGGACUAUCCAAGAUCUUCAGAGUCAGAUAUCUGCAGCUGCUGUGGAAAAUGCAAGAAUUGUUCUACAGAUAGACAACGCCAGACUGGCCGCUGAUGACUUCAGAAAUAAAUACGAGAUGGAACUCAGGCUGAGGAACAGCGUGGAGGCAGAUGUGAAUGGUUUACGCAGAGUUCUAGAGGGACUGAAAGCGGAGAUUUGUGACCUUGAGUCACAGGUUCAAAACCUUCAAGAAGAACUGCAGCAGAUGAGGAGGAAUCAUGAGGAGGAGGUGAACUCUCUGCGUGCUCAGUUGGGUGCCAGAAUCAAUGUGGAAGUGGACGCUGCUCCUUCUGUAGAUCUGAACAGAGCCUUGUCCGAGAUCAGACAGCAGUACGAAAACCUUAUGGAUAGGAACCUGAGGGAGGUUGAGAGCAUGUUCCUUCAAAGGAGUGAAGAGCUGAACCGUGAAGUCCUUUCAGGUUCUGCGCAACUACAGUCAGUUCAAACAGAAGUCAUUGAGCUGAGGCGCAACGUCCAAACUUUGGAAAUAGAGUUGCAGAGUCAGCAGAGUAUGAAAUCAGCUCUUGAGGGCACCUUGGCAGAGACCGAAGCCACUUACAGCUCCCAGCUCUCCCAGUUGCAAGGUCUGAUCAACAAUGUUGAAUACCAGUUGUCACAGGUCCGUUCUGACCUGGAACACCAGAUCCACGAGUACAAAGUCCUCAUGGACCAGAAAACCCACCUGGAAAUGGAAAUUGCUACCUACAAACGUCUCAUUGAUGGCCAUGAUAUCCAUGUUUCAGGACAUCAGUUUUCAAGUGGAAAAGAUGGAUCUCACCACCACUCUAUGAAAUGCUAAAGUGAAAAGGCUCAGAACAGAGGAAAUAUAAAACCCUAUCUCUAUAAGAAUGAAGGAGAUCAGAACGUUUUUUAUCUCUUGUGUUCUUUCUCCUGGUUUAGCGGACCAUUCCUGUAUCUCUUCUCCUGACAAAUUUAGUUUGUAUUUUGUUUAGUGGGCCUAAGUAUUCAAUAAACUCUUUCUGUCUCAUGCAAA